AUGGCGGGUUUGCAAUUGGAGAAGCGAGUCAAAUACAAGAGCUCUGUCAAGGAUCCAGGAACUCCUGGAAUCCUAAGAUUAAGGGAAGUGAUGCUGCUCUUCGUCCCGGAGGAUCCGAAAUCAGAUUCAAAGCUUAAAGUGCAGACUCAAAACAUCAAAAGUCAAAAGUCUACCAAAGAAGGAUCAAAUAAACCUCCUUGGCUCAAUCUGACCAACAAACAGGGAAGGAGUCAUAUCUUUGAGUUUGAAAAUUAUCAAGACAUGCAUGCUUGCCGUGAGUUCAUCGCUAAGGCCCUUGCUAAAUGUGAAGAGGAGCCUAAGAAACUAGCUGUCUCGACAUCUGCUGAGCAACUCAGUAUUGCAGACUUGGAGCUACGCUUCAAGCUUCUUCGAGAAAAUAGUGAGUUGCAGAGAUUGCAUAAGCAAUUUGUGGAAAGUAAAGUCCUGACGGAAGAUGAAUUCUGGGCUACAAGGAAGAAAUUACUUGGUAAAGAUUCCAUCAGAAAGUCGAAGCAACAGGUCGGGCUCAAGAGCAUGAUGGUUUCUGGCAUCAAACCAUCUACUGAUGGGCGGACUAAUAGGGUGACGUUUAACUUAACCCCUGAAAUCAUUUUUCAGAUUUUUGCUGAGAAGCCGGCUGUUCGACAGGCAUUCAUAAAUUAUGUUCCGAGUAAGAUGACAGAAAAAGACUUCUGGACAAAAUAUUUUAGAGCAGAAUAUCUUUACAGCACCAAAAAUACAGCAGUAGCUGCAGCAGAAGCUGCUGAGGACGAGGAACUCGCUGUCUUUCUGAAGCCUGAUGAGAUAUUGGCUCGGGAAACUCGUCAAAAGAUAAGACGGGUCGAUCCAACUCUUGACAUGGAGGCCGACCAGGGAGAUGACUACACUCAUCUUAUGGACCAUGGGAUCCAGCGUGAUGGCACCUCGGAUAUUGUUGAACCACAUAAUGAUCAGUUUAAAAGAUCACUGGUGCAAGAUCUUAACCGUCAUGCUGCUGUUGUAUUGGAAGGCAGAAGCAUUGAUGUUGAGUCAGAAGAUACUAGGACUGUUGCAGAGGCUCUCAUGCGGGUUAAACAAGUAAGCAAAGCUGAUAGUGAAGCUAAUCAGGAGAGAUUGGAAAGGAUAUCCCGAGUAGCAGGAAUGGAGGAUCUUCAAGCACCACAGAACUUUCCGUUAGCACUGCUUUCUAUCAAGGACCCUCGUGAUUACUUUGAAUCUCAACAAGGAAACAUCCUUAAUGAACCGAGAGGAGGAGGGGGAUUAAAGAGAAAUAUCCAUGAAGCUUAUGAAUUGCUAAAAGCAUCCAUAUUGGAGAUUAAAACUGAAGGAUUAUGUGAUCCGUUGAUUAAACCUGAAGUUGCCUUGGAGGUUUUCAGUUCAUUAACCCGAACUAUCUCAACUGCUAAAAAUAUUAUUGGGAAGAACCCGCGAGAGAGCUUUCUGGACAGAUUACCAAAGCCCACUAAAGAUCAAGUUUUACAUCACUGGACAUCAAUACAAGAAUUACUGAGACAUUUUUGGUCAUCUUACCCGAUAACAACCACAUAUCUUCAUACCAAGGUUGGUAAGCUGAAGGAUGCAAUGUCCAAUACUUAUUCACAACUCGAGGCAAUGAAAGAGUCGGUGCAAUCUGAUCUCCGGCAUCAGGUUUCUUUACUGGUUCGUCCAAUGCAACAGGCUCUUGAUGCUGCGUUCCAACACUAUGAAGCCGAUUUGCAGAGAAGAACCACUAAGAGCGUUGGAGGCGGUGGUGGCGAAAGACCAAACGGGUAUGUUUAG